AUGGUCAUCCAAGCAGUAAUCGUCACCGCAUUGGCGACUCUACUGCCCAGUGCUGUAUUGGCGCAAAACAAUCAGAGCUAUGCAAACUAUUCUUCGCAGUCCCAGCCAGAUCUCUAUCCUCUGACGGUGGCCACCAUUGAUUUAUCCUUCCCCGACUGUGACAAUGGGCCAUUGAAGACCAAUCUUGUUUGUAACACAUCGGCAAACUAUGUCGAGCGUGCUGAAGCCCUCAUUUCGCUCUUCACACUCGAAGAGCUGAUUAACAACACGCAAAACACUGCACCUGGCGUUCCUCGACUUGGUCUUCCUCCAUACCAGGUCUGGAACGAAGCAUUGCACGGUCUUGAUAGGGCCAACUUUGCUGAGUCUGGAGACGAAUGGACAUGGGCAACUUCCUUCCCCAUGCCUAUCUUGUCCAUGGCAGCCCUCAAUCGCACGUUGAUACAUCAAAUAGCAUCGAUAAUCGCCACUCAAGCACGUGCAUUUAACAACGCGGGCCGCUACGGGCUAGACAGCUAUGCUCCAAACAUCAACGGCUUUCGGAGUCCAAUCUGGGGUCGUGGCCAGGAAACUCCUGGCGAGGACGCCUUUUUCCUUUCGUCAGCGUACGCGUACGAGUACAUCACCGGUUUACAAGGCGGCGUCGAUCCAGAUCACCUAAAAAUAGUCGCAACUGCCAAACAUUUUGCUGGGUAUGACUUGGAGAACUGGGAAGAUCACUCUCGCCUGGGCUUUGACGCCGAGAUUACCCAACAGGACCUGUCCGAGUACUAUACUCCCCAGUUUCUGGCUUCAUCUCGUUACGCAAAAUCUGGAAGUUUCAUGUGCUCAUACAAUUCCGUUAAUGGAGUCCCCAGCUGUGCGAAUAGCUUCUUCCUCCAGACCUUGCUAAGAGAUAGCUGGGAUUUCCCCGAGUACGGCUAUGUUUCGUCAGAUUGCGACGCUGUUUAUAACGUGUUCAACCCGCAUGGUUAUGCGGCGAAUCAAUCUCAAGCUGCAGCCGACUCUCUUCGAGCUGGUACAGAUAUCGACUGUGGUGAAACAUUUCCCUGGCACCUGAACCAAUCCUUCAUUGAUGGAUCAGUUACUCGUGGCGAAAUUGAGAGAUCUGUGAUCCGCUUGUACGCAAACCUGGUUCGCCUGGGCUACUUUGAUGGCAACUCGAGCGAGUAUCGCCAACUGGGUUGGUCUGACGUUGUCGAAAGUGAUGCAUGGGAUGUCGCUUAUGAAGCAGCUGUGGAGGGAAUCACUGUGCUGAAGAAUGAUGGUGUCUUGCCCCUGUCAAAGAAGGUCAAAAAAGUUGCUCUUAUUGGACCUUGGGCAAACGCAACGACUCAAUUGCAGGGAAAUUACUAUGGUAACCCCCCGUACCUCAUCACCCCACUGGAGGCUGCGACCAAGGCGGGAUACGAGGUUAGCUAUGUGUUUGGUACCAAUAUAACCAGCAACUCCACAGCCGGAUUUGCCAAAGCCAUUAGUGCUGCUAAAAAGUCCGAUGUCGUGAUCUACCUGGGCGGUAUAGACAAUACUAUUGAGGCUGAGGGCGUUGACCGUCUGAAUGUUACCUGGCCCGGAAACCAGCUGGACCUGGUUGCCAAGCUUGCUGAAGUUGGGAAGCCCUUGGUUGUCUUGCAGAUGGGUGGUGGUCAGGUCGAUUCGUCCUCGCUGAAGAACAACAAGAAUGUCAAUGCUCUUGUCUGGGGUGGAUAUCCCGGUCAGUCCGGUGGAACUGCGAUCUUUGAUAUUUUGUCAGGCAAACGUGCACCGGCUGGUCGUCUCGUUACCACGCAGUAUCCAGCAGAGUAUGCCACUAGCCUGCCAGCAACAAACCUGAACCUCCGGCCCGACGGGGAUUCAAACCCGGGGCAGACAUAUUUGUGGUAUACUGGCAAGCCUGUCUACGAGUUUGGACAUGGUUUAUACUAUACCACCUUCAGCGAAUCUCUUCCAUCGACUGCAAAGAAUACUUCUUUGAAGAUUGCGGAUAUAUUUGCCGCUCCACACCCGGGUUACACAUAUAGCGAGCUGGCCCCCUUCACGAGCUUCAACGGGACGGUCAAAAAUGUCGGCAAAGUUGCCUCUCCAUACUCAGCUAUGCUGUUUGCGCGCACAAGUAACGCCGGUCCAGCGCCAUAUCCAAAUAAGUGGCUUGUGGGAUUUGAUAGAUUACCUACCAUUGACCCAGGACAUUCUGCCGAGUUAAGCAUUCCGAUACCUAUUGGCGCGAUUGCCCGCGUGGAUGAGAGUGGUAGUAAGCUAGUUUACCCGGGGAAAUAUGAAUUGGCCUUGAACGUGGAUCGAUCAGUUGUGGUGGAAUUUGAGCUGACUGGGGAGCCUGUUGUCGUUGAGAAUUGGCCACUUGAAGAACAGCAGAUCAAAGCUGCUUAA